AUGAGCUUCUCAGCCGGGCAAAAAGACUCUGAAAAGCGUCUCGGCGACGCCACCGAUAUCCCCCCUUCCCUCUCCGACCUCCACUGCUUUACCGAGACUGACGGCGUCAUCACAACAACCAUGUUCGACAUCACAGGCUACCGCAUCGUCAAAGUCCUCGGCGCAGUCUACGGCCUCACCGUCCGCUCCCGCAACUGGGCCGCCUCCUUCGGCAUGGUCCUCAAGUCCGUCGCCGGCGGCGAGCUCCGCUGGUUCACCUCCAUGCUGUACAGCUGCCGGAACGACGCCAUCAGCCGCGUCGUCGCCGAGACCAAGGCCCGCGGCGGAAACGCCGUCAUCUGUUUGAGGUUCGACGCUGGUGAUUUGGGCGGGUUUGCGCAGGUUUGCGCAUAUGGGACGGCGUGUUUGGUGGAGAAGAUUGAUGAGAGUGCCGCUGAGGUGCCGCAGCUUGCGAAGUAG